CCCUGGAGGGACACAUGGCAAUCCAGGAAGAAGAUGCCCAGAUGAUGACCACGGUGUUCUCCUGGCAAUCGGAUCAUUCAUUCAUCUCGGCGCCCCCACCCGACUCGGCAAAGCACACAAGCACGAAACAGGUUGACGUUCGGAUCUGGGACCAACUUUUCGAACUGCACGUUCCACCGUACGUGUCGGAUGAAAUCCACCAGUGGGUUCGGUGUCCGAUGGGGAUUUGCAAUGUGCCUGCCACGUUUCAGCGAGCGAUGAACAUGACGUUCCAUAAUUUUGUCAACAAGACACGGCUGACGCAAGGGAUGAUUAACUUCUGCGUGAUCGUGUACAUGGACGACAUCCUGGUCUAUUCGGAAACCUAUCACAGGCACGCGCAACAUAUCGAAUGGACAUUGGGCGCACUUAGAGAUGCUGGGUUCAAGAUUGCACUCGAGAAAAGCGAGUUUUUCCUCUCGGAAAUUUCGUUCUUGGGCUACGUCGUGACACGUGGAGGAUUGCGACCGGUCUCGAGAAAAGUUGCGGCGGUGAAGGAAGCCCCGGUUCCCACGUCACAAACGCAGGUUCGAGCCUUCUUGGGGCUGGCGUCGUAUUACCGGCGCUUCAUCAAGGGCUUUGCCGCGAUUGCACGACCGCUAACGAAUCUGUUACGAAAGGACCAGCCUCUCAAUUGGGACGCGGAGUGCGAGCAGGCCUUUGCAACCCUCAAAGACGCUCUGGCAACGACCCCUAUUCUGAUUCGACCGGACCUCUCGAAGCAGUUCAUUCUCAUCACGGACUGGCAACCGGAAGUUAUUUCCGCUAUUCUAGCACAGAAGGGGAACGAUGGCCGCGAACACGUCAUCGAGUAUGCGUCACGAACCGUACCGGACGAACGAAGAAAGGACUCCGCACCUCAGGGUGAGUGUUAUGCGGUAGUUUGGGGAAUCCAACACUUCCGUCCGUAUCUCUACGGACAGAAGUUUCGCCUUGUAACGGAUCACGAGCCUCUGCUGGCGCUGAAGAAGCUCACCAACUACAUGGGUAUGAUUGGCCGUUGGGCGGUGCGACUACAAGAAUACGACUUCGAUAUCGUUCAUCGAAAGACAGAGCGACACGGCAACGCGGACGGGCUGACACGUCUGCAUCGACCUGCCAAGGCGCUCUACUUGGARAWCGACGUUACCGAUCUCACGUUUUGGGACCCGUUUGCGAGACAAAACAUCGCGCAGGACGAGGAGAUAAGGGGAGCAGACGAAGAAGAGGAAGAAAAAGAGCCAUCAAGUGAGGAACGGGAYGAUCCGGACUAGGUACCGGAGAGAGAGACGGGGAUAGCCGACGAAUCAAAUCAGCCGCAGGUA